CAAAGUUCCACCAAUCAGCUAUUACAACAGUCAUUAAACCCAUCUUCUCCUAUUAUCAAACGAAUAUCAGCUGCCAGUAUCCAAUCUCUCUCUAGAAUCUUCUUCGUUCCUACAAGAACAUAACAAACCACAUAUUUACAUUUCAAUUUAAAGAACAGUCUGCAGAUCUUGUCUCAAUUGAUUUUGUUUCCAUUUUCUUUCACUGGGUUUAAUAGGAUUCCAGGAAGUGAUAAUUAAAAUCAAUGGAGGACGUUCAGGAGCAGCAGAAAAGUCAACCUCUUGGGCAAGAAGAUGAGAGUGAAAUAGUCACUGAGAGUGUUGGGCUUGCACAGAGUGUAGCUCCUCAAGAUGGCAGUGGUCCUCCAAUAGUGGAUUCUAAAGUGGAAGUGCUUCAUGAUCAUGUAACUAAACAGAUUAUCAAGGAGGGUCAAGGUCAAAAACCUUCCAAAUAUUCAACAUGCUUUGUGCACUACAGGGCUUGGACCGAAAGCACCCAACAUAAGUUUGAGGAUACAUGGCAUGAACAACAACCUCUUGAAAUAAUUUUAGGGAAAGAGAAAAAAGAAAUGACUGGCUUGGCUAUUGGUGUGUCCAGCAUGAAGUCGGGUGAACAUGCCCUGUUACGCGUUGGCUGGGAACUUGGUUAUGGUAAAGAAGGAAGCUUCUCGUUCCCUAAUGUUCCUCCCAUGGCUGACUUAGUAUAUGAAGUUGUGCUUAUUGGGUUUGAUGAAACCAAAGAAGGGAAAGCUCGUAGUGACAUGACUGUGGAGGAAAGGAUUGGCGCUGCAGAUCGAAGAAAGAUGGAUGGCAAUGCCUUAUAUAAGGAGGAGAAAUGGGAAGAGGCCAAGCAACAGUAUGAAAUGGCCAUAGCAUAUAUGGGUGAUGAUUUCAUGUUCCAGUUGUUUGGGAAGUACCGGGACAUGGCUUUGGCUGUUAAAAAUCCAUGCCACCUUAAUAUGGCAGCAUGUCUAAUAAAGCUAAAGCUCUAUGAAGAAGCCAUAGGGCAAUGCAGCCUUGUAUUAGCUGAGGAUGAAAACAAUGUGAAAGCCCUUUUCAGACGGGGAAAAGCUAGAGCAGAACUUGGUCAAACAGAAGCUGCACGGGAAGACUUUUCAAAGGCUUGUAAAUUUGCACCUGAAGACAAAGCAAUUGCAAGAGAGCUUCGUAAGAUUGCUGAACAUGACAAGGCUGUUUAUCAGAAGCAAAAGGAGAUCUAUAAAGGAAUUUUUGGACCUCGACCAGAACCUAAACCAAAGAGUACCAAUUGGUUAGUCAUCUUUUGGCAAUGGCUAUUGUCAUUACUUUAUCGCCUCUUUAGACGCGAGAGAGUCAAAGCUGAUUGAUGUGAAGUCUGAACAUCUAAAUAUGGGAAGAUAAUUGAUACAGUUCCAGUGAUUCUGAAUAAUGUUUUCAGACUUUUCAAUGACCUCUUUCGUUAAGUACUACUUUUUGAACUUUGGUUAGCGUUAAGUCUUUUCUGAUGCUCAUGUUGCUGAUGGAUAAUAUGUUAGUAAAAUUUCAUUAUGCUUGAGUUGA